AUGAAUAGAAAAAGAUACAUUAUAAACAAUUCAAUUCAUAAUGAAAAUAUGAAUGUUAAUAUGAGAUCUUCUUCUGGGUCUUUCUCAGAGAAGUCUGAUUUGAGAGACUUAAAAUAUAAUGCUUGUAUGUUUUUACAAGGUGAAUUAAUGCGUCAAUUUUUAAUGGAUGAGGAUAUAUGGUUAUUUAUGCAAAAUGUAAAAAUGAAAUUAAAAGAAGAUCCUAAUGAAAUGGAUAUGUGGUUAGACACUCAAUUACAUAUGGCAAGAUUGAAUUCUGGACAUUCGUUUAAUUCAGAUAUCCCACCUUCUCUACAUACAAAAACAAAAUUUGAAAACAGCCAUUUAAAAUCAGAUAAGGAAUAUGAAAAGAUGUUUGAUAUAUAUAAUGAAAAUGAUAAAACUGGAAAUUUAUAUUAUAAUAAAAAAAAAAACAAAAGUCAAUAUUCAAAUUAUCCUAUGAAUGAAUCAGAAAAUGUAAAUUUUAAUUCAAAAGAAGAACAUGCAGAUGAAAUGGAUAGCCAGAAUUUUUUGAAAAAGAUAUUGGGAGAUGAAUAUAAAGAAAUGAAAGAAACAAAUGUUAAUGUAAAUUUAAAAAUAGAUGAAACAUAUUGUAAUGAUAAUAAUAUGGAAAAGAGAAAUAAUGAUAAUCUUAAAAAUAAUAUAAAUUUAUGUGAAAACAUAUUCAGUAAUAAUAAAGACCAACCACCUUUUUUAAAACAUUCAAUAGAUAAACAAAAAAUCCUUGAUAGUAUAACAAAUAAAAUUAAUUAUAUAAAAAAUAAAAAAAAGCAAUUGGAAGAAAGAAGCUUAUCUAUUAUUAAUCAUUUAAAUAAUAAUAAAAUUGAAGAUAAUGAAUCAACUAUUAAUUCAUUAUCUGUUUGUGAUUUACAAUAUGAUAAUUUAUUGAAUGAUAUAUCUAAUAAAAAGGAUGAUAGCAUAGAUAAAAGUACAAAUUCUUUGCACAAUACAGUUGAUAAAACAUUAAAUAAUAAUAAUAUAAAUAAUUAUGAUAAUAUCAUAUAUACAAACAAAAAUAAUCUUAUAAAUAAUAUAGACAAGGAUAUUAAUCAAAAGGUGAUGCUUAAUAAUAUAAAUUUUCUUGAUAAAAAAAAUGACUUGUCUGAAAAUAAUAAGACAUGUGAAUAUGAUGUCCAAUCAGCUUCUGUAAAACAUCAAGAUAUUAGAGAAAAUAUCACAAAAAUAGAUGGUAAUUCUAAUAUAAAUAAUACUAAUAGUUAUAAAAAUAUGAGUUCAUAUAAUGAUAAUCAGGAUUAUAAUUUAUAUAAUGAUGAUAAGGACAAGGUGAUUAAAGAAUUAGAAGAACAUAAAAACAAGUUAAAGAAAUAUAAUAUAAACAUAGAAGAAAAUGUAAAAAAUAAUAAUAAUUAUAAUAAUGUAAAUGUUAAUGAUGCAAACAAAUUACAUAAGGAUGAAUAUAAAAUAAAAAAUAACAAUAAGGAUAAUAUAACAAUACCUAAAAUGACUAUAACCAUUGGAGAGUUAAUAGACGAAGAUACAGAUAUUAAACUCCAAAAGAUGUUUAAUCAAUGUAAUAACAAAAUGGAUUUAAAUACUUUUGAAAAUGAAAUAGUAGUAAAUUUUUUGAAAAUAGGGAGAUAUAUGAGUCACACGCUAUUUUCAAGGGUAGAAAAAUCAAGUACUGAUUUUGUGACAUAUGAAAAUUUUAAAAAAUUCUUUUCGAAACGUUUUAUUGAUGGAGAAAAGGAUCCAAGUUAUUAUAAUGAUGAAAGAUAUAAAUUUAUGUUUAACAAAAAGAAUAAAGAUUUUUAUAAUUAUUCAUAUGAUUCUAAGGGUAUGAUAAAUGUACAUAACAAUAAUAAUGACAAUAGAGAUAUUUUGAGAGAAAAUGAUAUAGCUAAUGUUGUAGAAAAUAACCAAAAAGGAGAUCAUAUUGAUGUACCAUAUAGAAAAUGCUCUGUAAUAAAUUUUUUUAAUGCAAUUAAAGAAGAAAAUAAGAAUUAUAUAGAAUUUAAAGAUUUUGAUAUAUAUAUAAGAGAAAUAUUGAAAAGGAAUAAAUCAUUACAAUUUUUAUUAGAACAUACAGAAUUUCUAGAGAGAUAUAUUGAAUCUGUUAUUGUUCGUAUUUAUUAUUAUAUUGAUAUUAAUGAUACGAAUAAAAUAUAUUUGAAUGAUUUAAGAAAACAUGAUUUAGCUCAUAUAUGGUGUUUUUUAGAUGAUUCUGUAAAAGUACAACAUAUAAAAAAUUAUUUUAGUUAUUCUCAUUUUUAUGUAUAUUAUUGUACCUUUUGUCAAACUAGUAGUUGCAAAGAUAUGUUGAUAGAUGAUAAUGAUUUGUAUCGAUUUGAUAAUCAUUCAUUAAAUGAUUUUAUAGUAAAUAGAAUAUGGUCAAGAAUCUCUAUGAAAUUAGGAGGUCCUAAUCAAAAAUAUAUGUGUUUGAACGAUUGGAUAUAUUUUAUAAUGAAUUAUGAAGAUAUGACAACUAAUCGUUCUAUAGAAUUUUGGUUCAAAUUAAUUGACUUGGAUGCAGAUUGUGUAAUAAGAGAUCAUGAAAUACAAGUUUUUUUCCAUAUACAAACAGAACGUUUAAAAUCACAUUAUUUAGAAGAACCUAAAUUUGAAGAUUGGAUGUGUCAAAUGAAUGAUGCUAUCCAACCAUCUAUUGAGGGUAAUUUUACUCUAUCAGAUUUUAAAAAGAAUAAAAAGUAUGCUUCCAAAUUUUUUGGAUGUCUAGUUAGUUUAUCAAAAUUGUUAGCAUGGGAGAGCAGAGAUGUACACAAGGAGCUUCAAAUUGAAACUGAAUUUCCUUGUUGGACUCCAUGGGAAAUUUUUUGUAAAACAAAAUAUGAUGAAUUAUGUUAUAUUGAAAAUGAAAGUUAUUAUGAUGAAAAUUUUGAUAAUUACGAUAAUUAUGAUAAAUAUGAUAAUUAUGAUAAAUAUGGUAAUUAUGAUAAAUAUGAUGGAUAUGAUAAAUAUGAUAUUUAUGAUAAUUAUGAUAAAUAUAAUAAUUAUGAUGCAAAAAAUUUGUACAUAUUAGAUUCGGAUUAA